AUGCUUGAAACUGAAGAAGUAGAUAUUGAUUAUUUUACUCCUGCAUCCGGCACAUCACUUGCAAAAAUAUUUAGUAGUAAUCAUCUAGCAGAUGAAACUGAAAAAUCUUCUUUAAAAUAUGUUGCACCACUACCUACUCAAAUAGUAACAAAAUCAGAAGAUUCAAAGCCCACACAGUGCCUAUAUGCUAGUGCAUUAUAUGCAUAUGAAUGGUUAAAAGAUUCUUAUAUAUCAAAAGAAAGAGUCGGUUUUGCAAUAAUGAAAAUAUUAAAAACUGGGAUUCAUAAUAUUAUACUAUAUGAUUCAAAUAAAACUACUUUAUCAUGUUUAACAUUAAACCCCAAAGUGGAGAUAAUAAUAAAAGAUAAUGUCAGUAUAUCCUAUUAUGACAAUCAAAGAAAAUAUUGGAAUGUUUACACAAAUCCACAAGAGUAUAAAAAUAUCUUUGAAAUUUUACAAAGUUUAAAUGUCUGCUUGAAGGCUUCUGUAGAUGUAGAAAAAGAUUUUAUUGAAAAUGGGGACAUGAAAAGUGUUAAUAUUCAAUCAAUAUCUGCUAUAGCUAACUCAUGUAAAGAAGAUAAAGAAAGUGAUACAGACUCAUCAGUUAACAGAAAAACAAAAGAUUCCAUUUUGAAAAGAAUGGCCACUAUGGGACAGUCCGUCUUACCCCCAAGCAAUUUGGCCACUGCACAAACAAGUGACUCAUCUGAUACAAAUGAACCACACAACUUACAUAAAACUAGACAUAAACCUGCAAGAGCUACAAAUAAAAGACACAUUGAAAAAAACUUGUUAGAAUUUGAAAAUGAUAGUGAGUCACAAAUAAAUAAAAUUACAACAAAACCUCAAGAAUUUGCUGGAAAAUCAUACAAAAAUAAUGAUCAACAAAUAGUACCCAUUCACACCAUAGACAUUCUAAAAAGCACUUUAAAUGUGUCUGAAGGAACUGAUGUAAAUAUUUUAAUGGCUGAACAGAGAGUCAGUAAUAGUGAGUUAAGGGUGAACAUGAACAGGCUGACUGAUAAAGUGGAUAUUUUGCUUGAUAAAGUGAAAGACAUCCAAGACAAUAAUAGUAAUAGAAACAGUGCAAGUAACAGUUCAUCACAUUUCCACAAUGAAAUUGUUUACAAGUUGUUGAAUGAAUAUGAGAAGAAAAUUAAAUAUUAUGAAGGCAUAUUAAAAGAACAUGACUGUGAUAGUUUGAAUCAAGUUAAACUUAUAAACAAUAAAAGUAAUGAACAGGAAGUACUAGCACAAGAUGGAAGUACAUUAAAACUUAAAUCAUUUGAGGACAAAGACAUAGAAAUAAAUGAUCUUAAAAGACAAAUAAAAACUCUAUCAGAUAAGUUAAAUGAACAAGUACAAAUAAAUAGCUCUAAUAAUAAUCUUUUAAAGGAAGUAGAUUUCUUAAGGGACAAUUUGACUGUAAAAGAUAAUGAAAUAGCCAAAUUAAAUAAUCAACUCGAAAAUUUAUUAUUAAUUAAUAAAAAGAACAAUGAUAUAACAAAUAAAAUCAAAAAAAUAAUGAAUGAUACAUUCCAAACAAUAUCAGCAAAUUUUGAUAAUGAAGAGAAUUACACUGGUGCUGGGAUAAAAAGUAUAGUAGCUUCAAUUAUUAAAAAAACAACUAUGGAAUGUUUAAAAGAUAUU